AUGUCCCAAUCCGAUUUAAAAAAUACACCCACUUUCUUCAAAGAAUUUAUUGUAAACUUUAUCUGAUCCCAGUUCUGAUGAAUUAGACUCAAAAUACUCUAUCGCUUUAAAGCUAUGCGUGAAGAACCAGAAGUUUUGAGGAAUACCCAAGAAGCUUUCUCAGAGCGAGAUUCUUUAGGUUGAGUGGAUAUUGAGAAGGCAGUGUUAAGAGUAGAAGAGGAGGAGAGUAGGAUACAGAAGAGGGAGGAGAUGAAGGAAGAAGAGAAAUUUAGGGAUUUAGAGGGGGAGGAGAGAAAGAAACAGAGGGAAGAUUUGGGAAUACAGAAGAGGGAAUUUGAUUGUUGGAAGUAUAAGGUUGAUUGGGAGGGAGAGAGACAGGAGAUGGAAGGAGGAGAGCUUGAGAGAUGGAAAGGGAUUGAUAGCACAGGGAUGAAGUGAUUUAUGGUUGCUUCUCUGCAGAGCUUGCUGAGUCUUCCAGAGUUUGUGAAAUAUUUUUCUGGUCAUCCUGAUGGAGAUUUAGAGGUAAGAAACAAGCAUUUAAUUUUUGAUGAAAAAAUGAAUCCUGAUGCUGGCAUUUCUUUAUUAUUGCAAGACUUGGUGGAUCAAUAUUACAACUCUAAUGCUUUAGUUUUGGAGAUCAUUAGAUUCAGAUCUAAAUUCUCAGAGGAUUUCCCAAUGAGGGAGGAGCAUGAUUCUUGUGAAUUUAUUUUGAAGUUACUACAAACUCUUCAAAAUGAAUUGAAUCCUCCAGAACAAAAAUUUAAUCCAAGUGGAAGUAUAGAUCAUCGUGAAGUCUGGAGGAAAUAUAAGAAGUCUCAUCCUUCGAUAAUUGAUAAACUGUUUAUUGGAAUAGAAGAGACAACCUAUCAAUGCGAGGGAUGUUCUCAUGAAAGAAAAGUCUAUGAAGAAUUCAAGCAUAUUUCUAUACUUUGUAUCAUGAACUAUAAAAAUUCCAACAGAAGGGUUUCUGAACUUCCUCUCAAUGUCCGAUCACUCUCAAACAAGUACAAUGAGAUGAUCGUGAAGCAUCCUAAGUAUCUAAUGAUAGUGUUUGGGAGACAAAAUCCGUUUGAUGAUAAAAGAAUUGACGGCUUCGUAGACUAUCCUAAAAGCUUUACACAGCUUGACCUACAAACCAAUCAAGAGAUCAAAUAUACUCUCAACAAUGUAAUCAUUAAUGUUGCUGGGACUAACUGCGCUCACUACUCAACGAUCUGCCGCAGAGGCUCCCAAUGGGUCCACCUUGAAAACACCAAAACUAAGCUCAUUGACCCUAGCGAGUUCAAGAACCCUCACGCGUACAUCCUGUUCUACGAAGCUGAGGAUCUCCAUUUCGCAUAACACACUCAGCUAAAACUCCAGUCUGUUCAACUCAAGCUCUCUUUCUCUUAAUUUGCCAGCUUGGCACCCAAGUUUGGAAGCUGAGUGAUUAAGGAAGGGAAGGAAUUUUAGGAUUUUGGAAAGGAUUUGGGAGAAUGGAGUCACCGUUGAGAAGUAGGGUAAGAAAAGUUGGGAUAAAAUUGGUUUUGAUAAAACUGAUUCGGUGUGAUACUAGAGGAUAUUAAAACACACUUAUUGU